AGACCGAUUUGGAGUGACUUAAGAGCUGGUUGAACAGCCAUGGCAUACUUUAGUCCAUGGAAGUUGUCCUCUCAGAAACUUGGCUUCUUUCUAGUGACUUUCGGGUUCAUUUGGGGAAUGAUGCUAUUGCAUUUUACUAUCCAACAGAAGACUCAGCACGAAAGUAGUUCAGUGCUUCGAGAACAAAUACUGGACCUCAGCAAAAGAUAUAUAAAAGCACUGGCAGAAGAGAACAGAGAUGUGGUGGAUGGACCAUAUGUUGGCACUAUGACUGCUUAUGAUCUGAAGAAAACACUUGCUGUCCUACUGGAUAACAUCUUGCAGCGUAUUGGGAAGCUCGAGUCCAAAGUGGAGAACAUUGUAAUCAAUGGCACUGCUACAAAUUCUACAAACAGUACUGCCACUGCUGUCCCCAGUUCAGGAACUGCUGAAAAGAUCAACGUGGCUGAUCUUAUUAACGGAGCACAGGAACAGUGUGAAUUGCCUCCUAUGGAUGGCUUCCCCCACUGUGAGGGCAAAAUAAAAUGGAUGAAAGAUAUGUGGCGAUCCGAUCCCUGUUAUGCAAGUUAUGGUGUGGAUGGGUCCACAUGCUCCUUUUUUAUUUACCUCAGUGAGGUUGAAAACUGGUGUCCUCGUUUACCCUGGAGAGCAAAAAAUCCUACUGAAGAAAUGGAUCAAAAGACAAUGGCUGAAAUUCGAACCAAUUUUGAUUUGCUCUACAAAAUGAUGUCCAGACAUGAAGAAUUUAGAUGGAUGAUGCUGAGGAUAAGAAGGAUGGCUGAUACUUGGAUAGAAGCAAUUAAAUCACUAGCUGACAAACAGAACCUGGAGAAGAGAAAACGGAAAAAAGUUCUUGUUCAUCUGGGACUCCUGACAAAAGAAUCUGGAUUCAAGAUAGCAGAGAAUGCCUUUAGUGGGGGCCCACUUGGUGAAUUAGUCCAGUGGAGUGAUUUAAUUACAUCUCUCUAUUUACUGGGCCAUGACAUUAGGAUUUCAGCUUCACUGGCAGAGCUCAAGGAGAUUAUGAAGAAGGUUGUUGGUAACCGAUCUGGCUGCCCAACACAAGGUGAUAAAGUUGUAGAACUUAUUUACAUUGACAUUGUUGGACUCACUCAGUUUAAGAAAACCCUUGGACCAUCCUGGGUUCAUUAUCAGUGCAUGUUACGAGUGCUAGAUUCAUUUGGGACUGAACCGGAGUUUAACCAUGCUCAUUAUGCCCAGUCUAAAGGCCACAAAACGCCAUGGGGGAAAUGGAACCUUAAUCCACAACAAUUCUACACGAUGUUUCCUCACACCCCAGACAACAGUUUCCUUGGGUUUGUGGUGGAACAGUAUUUGAACUCCAGUGACAUAAAGCACUUCAAUGUCAUCAAAAGGCAGAACCAGUCACUUGUUUAUGGCAAAGUUGAUAACUUCUGGAAG